UUGAAUUUUGUCAGGCAAAAAUGGCUUCCUGUCUCAUCUCCUCGCCCACUGUCUGAAGGCUUGAAAGCGCUGCAAACGUCGCUCGCACCUAUUUGCGGACCCCUGGGCGUAGUUUGCAGACAUGUCAGUUGAUGACGAUUCGACAUUAACCUUUUCCCGCGUAGUAUCCUCCAUCUACUGAGAAAAUGAUGCAUCAAGUGACCUGUAGCAGCAGCAGCAGCGACUACUGUAUGAGUGGACCUGCAGAAGACUGUCACCCUGCAAGCUGUUUUGAUUUAUGCAGCCUCCAAUCUAACAAGUUCUACCCAACAAACUCCGGCUUGCAUCUGUCACUUGCAGGCUUGGCCCCUUUGCCGCAGAGCAUGCACAAGGUGGUGGCAGGUCAGUUACAUGACACCCAGAAUCCUUUUCAGCUUCAGUCGGUGAGAACCAAUAACGGGGUGGCUGCAGGCACUAAGAAAAAUACAGCCAAAGUGAAGUCGGGGAAGAGAGGCAGGCCACUGGGGACCACAAAGUUAGCAGGCUACCGCACCAGUACUGGACGUCCACCUGGGACCACAAGAGCUGCUGGGUUUAAAACCAGCCCAGGGAGGCCUGUAGGUACCACCAAAGCAGCGGGGUAUAAGGUGAGUCCCGGCAGGCCCCCUGGUAGUGUCAAGAGCCCGGCUAGGCUCAAGGGGCAGGAAAUUGGGGGUGAUGCUACCAAGAAACUAGACUUCAGCAUCUGCACUAAUCCAACCAAACUGGAAUUCGCUGGCUGUGAUGUUACCCUGCUUGACUAUUCCAUGAUGGAGAAGAGAGACUUGUGUGAGCCUCUUGUCAAAGCGGAUGAAACCAAUUAGCCAAUAGUGCAACUGCUGGAGUGCAGAAAGAAAGAUGAUACUUUCUUUGGGCAUACUGACCAUUGUCACUGUGCAGUAAAGGUGGGCGAUACUACAGGUAUCGAUUCAAUACCAAGUAAAUACAAAUCAAUAGCGAUACUGAUGAUUUUUACUUGGCCACCGAUCAAGGUCAUUGAGUGAUUGUGUGAUUUUCACCUUGAUCAUGAUUAGAAUCAGAAUAAGACACAUACAUAGAAGAGACCUUUAAAAAAAUCAAUAUCAUCAUGCCAGUGUCCAUCCAAUACCGAUACUAGUGGGUCUUUGGAUUGAACUGCCCUCCUCUACUGUGCAGUCUUGGUGACAUGACCAAAUUCCCUUGCACUAACUUGCGCUUGGCAGCAUGUUAUUGUUCAACAGUAGCUCUUUCCUCAUACACACAUUGGACCAGGACCUUAUACAAUUUUAUCCAUGUAUACACGUUUAACUACGAACUCCCAUCACCACUAUGUGAAUGUGUGCUUACCCUUUGUGUUAUCCCAUGUCAUGAAAUAUUACGCAAUUCACACUUGAAGAGAUCAUUCUAGAGGGACUCAGAUUAGAGCUGCGGUGGUUGAGGUGGCUCGGACAUCUAUUUUGGGUGAGUCCAAGGACACGUUGGAAGGAUGAUGUCUCACACCUUGGCUGGUAAUGCCUCAGUGGCCCCCACUCAGUGGGACCUGAGACUGCAGAAGAAAAUAGAUGGAGGACUCACACUUGUUCCUUAUCCUUUGUAAAAAAAAUAAAUAAAUAAAUAAAAAGUAUGUUUGUUUUUUUAAAAA